AUGAACGCAGAAGGUUGUCAGUACGAUCCUCUUUACGGUUAUACUCAACCUCAGACUCGACUGCCUUCUGCCCCCGACAUAACCACGCUGACAUCGUUCGCUCCGCAAGCACCGAUUCCAGAAUACCCAUCUGCGUAUGAUCCUUAUCGGUAUCAAACAUGCUAUCCUUCCUAUUCACCGGCAACGGCACCUACUACAUUUUAUUCCUCAGAUUUAACGCCAUUUUCGGUACAGCGUGGCACCAGCGGUGUUAGGACAGAAUUUGGUUUACCAAAAGAUGUUGAUAUUAAAUCCGAAAUCGUUGAUGCCAAAGAACAUGGUAAGCACAAGACCAAUUCUGCUCUAUCAUUUAUUAUCUUACGAAUUAUUUUUGGUGUAGUUUUAGUUGUUGAUCUCGGUGGCUCAACCUCAGAACUCUCGGAUGCCCAAACUGAUCUGCUACAAACGGGUUCUGACGUCGCUUCACAGCGACUUUCUUCACAGACCGUUGAUGUUGCAACUGCUCCAAGGAGAUUAGACAGACGGAAGGCAGCGACAAUGCGUGAGAGGCGACGUCUUCGAAAAGUGAAUGAAGCUUUUGAAGUUGUUAAACAAAGAACUUGCGCAAAUCCAAACCAGCGCCUCCCAAAGGUUGAAAUUUUACGAAGUGCUAUUGAAUAUAUAACAAAGCUAGAAAAUAUGCUUCAAAGCCAAGGGAAAAUGACAAAAAUUAUGGCUGCAAAUCAAGGAAUACACCUACCAGAAGGUGACAACCAGGAAUAUGUUGUAAGUUUAUUUUAA